GCUUCAUUUCUUUAUUAAAAAUUUCAGACGCAACUAGUCAACGGUCCAAAAUAUCAAACGAACCCUUCAACUCUCUCUUCUGCUAUCUUCCUUAAUUCCAAUUUCCCCACCGAAAUUCUUUCAAUCUAUCAUCUUCUCGAUCCUAUAAUUCCCAUUUUCCAAUCCAAAUGAUUCACGAAUUACUGGGUCUCGCCCUCAUGGUCUUAAUUUCACUUCCCUUCGUUGUACAAUCGAGUUGCAGCAGAGGAUGCGAUUUGGCAUUAGCAUCGUACUACGUUUGGCAAGGUUCAAAUCUCACCUUCAUAGCCGAGGUUCUGCAGUCUUCGAUUGUGCCGGCGAAUGGGUUCGAUGUAAUCCUCGAGUACAACAAGCAGUUAGCCAACAAAGACAGCGUCCUAGCGGGCACAAGGGUUAAGAUCCCCUUCCCCUGCGAUUGCAUCAACGGUGAAUUCCUUGCCCACGUGUUCACGUACUCGAUCCGGUCAGGUGACACCUACGAUAAGAUCGCCACGGAGUACUAUGCGAAUUUGACCACGGUUGCCCAGUUGCAGCAGUUCAAUAACUACAAUCCAAACAACUUACCCGAUACUAAUGGGUCGCUCAAUGUGAUGGUUAAUUGUUCGUGUGGGAAUAGAACGGUUUCCAUGGAUUACGGGUUGUUUAUCAGCUACCCACUCCUACCUGGGGAUACUUUGGAUUCGGUGCUUAAUCAGACGAAUCUCACAGCUGAUAUGGCAGAGUUGGUCCGGAGCUACAAUCCAGAUGUGAAUUUUAGUCGAGGGAGUGGCUUAGUGUAUGUUCCCAGCGAAGAUGCCAAUGGUAGUUUUCGACCUCUUAAACCAAGCACAGGUGGACUUCCUGGUGGUGUUAUUGCCGGGAUAUCAAUAGGAGCUGUAGCUGGGUUUCUGUUGCUCGGCAGUUGUUUAUAUGUCGGGUUUUACCGAAAGAAAAAAGUGAAAGAGUCAAUGCUGCUCUCUACAAAUACUCAGAACAUGUCAGUUCAGGGUGGACAAGCUCCUGAUAAAGCAACAGAAUCAGCCCGUGCUCUCGGAGCAUCUCCAGGCCUUACAGGUGUCACUGUAGACAAGUCAGUUGAAUUCUCUUAUGAGGAACUUGCCAAGGCAACUGAUAACUUCAGUAUGGCUAAUAAGAUUGGUGAAGGCGGCUUUGGAGCUGUUUACUAUGCAGAGCUGAGAGGUGAGAAAGCUGCAAUCAAGAAGAUGGAUAUGGAAGCAACAAGAGAAUUUCUGGCUGAGUUAAAAGUUUUGACACAUGUUCAUCACCUGAACCUGGUGCGCUUGAUUGGAUAUUGUGUUGAAAGUUCUCUUUUCCUAGUAUAUGAAUUCAUUGAAAAUGGCAACCUAAGCCAGCAUUUGCGUGGUUCAGGAAGGGAACCACUCUCAUGGUCUACUAGGGUGCAAAUUGCACUUGACUCAGCAAGAGGUCUUGAAUAUAUUCAUGAGCACACUGUUCCUGUUUAUAUCCACCGUGACAUUAAAUCGGCAAAUAUAUUGAUAGAUAAGAACUUCCAUGGAAAGGUUGCAGAUUUUGGCUUAACAAAAUUGACUGAAGUUGGAAGUGCAUCUCUUCCUACAUCUCUUCGUCCAUCUCUUCCAACACGUCUUGUGGGAACAUUUGGAUACAUGCCACCUGAAUAUGCUCAGUAUGGUGAUGUGUCUCCUAAAGUAGAUGUAUAUGCCUUUGGGGUUGUCCUUUAUGAACUUGUUUCUGCUAAAGAAGCUAUUGUCAAGACAAAUGGUCCUGCUGCUGAAUCAAAGGGGCUCGUUGCUCUGUUUGAGGAUGUUCUGAAUCAGCCGGACCAAAGGGAAGAUCUUCGUAAACUCAUUGAUCCUAGGCUUGGAGAUAACUACCCACUAGACUCAGUUCGGAAGAUGACUCAGCUUGCUAAAGCAUGUACUCAAGAGAAUCCUCAACUACGACCAAGUAUGAGAUCAAUUGUUGUUGCUUUGAUGACACUUUCAUCCUCAACUGAGGACUGGGAUGUUGGUUCUUUCUAUGAAAAUCAAGCUCUUGUCAAUCUUAUGUCAGGGCGAUAAAGAGUAUACAAUUUAUGCUUGUGUCCAGAUAGUCUUUUUGAGGUGGAAAGUGUUGCACAUGUUGUUCUGUAACAAAAUUGGCUGAGAUUUACCAGCUUCAUAUACAUGUAAUUUUUCAUACGUCUGAUAAAUUCCCUAGUUAUUGGAACUGAUUGUGGUUCUUUUUUUUUUUUAAAAAAAAAAUUCAUAUGAAAUCAUAUCUGAUGUAAAUACUUGUCAAAAAUAUUGAAGUAGAUAGAUAGGAAAUUGGUGUAUAUGUUAUUAAUUAGCGUUUUGGGGUAAAUAAUAUAUUCUCUCGAGCGUU